GAUAUUCGUAAAAAAAUAACAAUGAUAUAAAAAGAUACAAACGUAUACGAGUGAAAUUUUAGAUUGUGCAGUACCAGUCUCUCCUUACUGUCAGAAAUAGCUUGAGGAAGUGGUUUCAUGCUAGAAACAUUGAAAUCACAUUAUCCUCACGUUUUCGACUGGUCGAUUCACUCGCGAACGUAAUACGUCGGACUUAUCGUCCAAGAACUUGAUUUUUAUAAAUAAUUGUCACGGAACAAUUAUCGCAACUAUCGUUCGAGGUUUGAAUCACCCUUGCUGUUGGAAAUACUAAAUACACGUUUUAAACAAGAUUGAAGAAUUUAUAACUCCAUCGGAGAAUAAACGUGUAAGAAACUCCUUAUCGAACGAUUUCGUGAUGUGUCUCGAAUUUCGUGUUUUAACAAGCGAUAAACAAUCAAAGUAAAACGCAUCUAUAAAAGAGAUUUCAGGAAAUCCAUUUCCACAAGAUACAUUAUGCGUACGUAUUGUGUUUUGAUAAACAAACGACAUACGUAAAUUCCAUUGAAAUGGAUAUGCGAACGAAAAGAAUGGGGAGAACUACUUAAAUAAAAUAAAUAAUAAGAAAGAAAGUUAAGAAAUGUACGGAAAAAAAAACAGAACGCGGUGCAUCGAUAUCUUUGAAAUUCUUGACGAAGAUGUAAGAAAGAAUGACACGAAUUAAAUCAAAACUAUUGCGAAGUAUUCGGGUUUACGAAAAUUUCCAGUGUUAACGAUGUUUAAGAAACCGUAAAAAUUUCGAAAUGCUUGAGAAAGUUCCAUAAAUCAAACACAGAAAGUCGUAAAAAUCGUAAGAAUUUGAAGAAACGUCGAGUUCAUGUGCACAAAAAUUGUGCGUAACGUUUGAAAAUAUCUGACCGAGACCUAAAAGACUCACCGUGUCCCCCAUUCAGUGAUUCUUUUACGAGCUUCACAAAGCAAAAAUAUAACGAUUUGUCGAAGGAACGGUCUUGUCUGGCGAACGUGGCCUCGUAUCAGAAAAAGAUGAAACUCAUUACUUAACGUCAAUCCAUCGCUCUUCGUCAGCGUGGUUCGCCGAAGAAGAAAAGCGUCGUCCUCCUCAUCUUUUUGCAUUCCGCGCGCCGAUAACCGCGUGUCUAUCAAUGAGCGUCAAUCCGUGAAUGAAAAAAAUAAUCGAUACACACGUCUAGGGGCGCGAAGAAGAUACUUCAUAGUCAUUUAUCGCAAGGUCAAAUAGCGAAACGAGCUGCUGUAGAUACGAAGAAAGAAAUUGGGCUUUGGCUAUAAGUGGAUUAUGAUAUAUUUAUAUUUGAUUAUAUUUAAUAUUUGAAUUUUGGAAAUCUCCAGUAGAUAAUGAAAAUAGAAAUAACGUGGAUCAAAGUAAAAAGUUUGAAUUUUUUGAUCAAUUAGAUGGUGUGCUGAGGCGAGUCGAGUGGCUCAAGGAUCCGAUUCUUUCGAAUGAUUUACAAAGUUCGAUUUUUAGAUAACUCGAGCGAUUAAGAAGUUCGAUAUUUGCUUGAGCGAUUUAAACUAAUCCAAAAAAUUCUAUGCUUCAGUUUGCUAACGAAUCGAGAUCGAUUCGAAUCUAAAAUUUUCGAUUUAUGACGUUUGAUUUUCCUACAAUUUAAUUGCGAUCCCAAUCUAAUCGAAACCAUACAACGCUUAAGAGUUUGAGUACACUUAAAGUAGCACUCGACAAUCAACUUGAAAAAGGUUCAACAUAUAUGGAAAUCCCUGGGACUGAGAGAUGUCCUCAGAAGGGUGUCGUGAAGCAAGUAGCAUCGAAGCUGCUAAGGGCGCUGUCCGAGAAAGGACUGGCCUUGCUCGUCAACCACGGCAUUCCAGAAUGCAAGAUGAAAGCAGCUUACAGAGCUUUCGAUGCAUUCUGCGAACUCCCAGAGGAAGUGCGAACCAAGUACGAACGCAAUGAGAGCAACUACGGAUACGUGAAACCAGGACCAUCAAAAUACACCGAUGAGAAAGAAGCUCGGCAUGUUUUCAAUGUGACCGGACGUGGAGGACCUCUUCCGGACGAGGAAGUACCUGGUUUCAAAUCGGCGGUCGACGAACUUGCUCGUGAUUUCAAGCAACUAUCCGCAAUGCUUUUAACUGCUCUGGCCGUGGGCCUAGAGCAAUCCCCUGAUUUCCUGCUGUCGAAGCAUUCGCGCAUGCUGGGACCUGGUAACGAGUCGACCCUUCGUCUUCUUUACUAUCCUCCUCUUGGUGCACCAGCGCCAGGAUUGGCUCGUUGUAGCGCUCAUUGCGAUUAUGGAACUUUCACUUUGUUGGCACAGGAUUGCGAAGGUGGUCUAGAAAUACAGACUCCUUAUGGUGAACGAUGGGGAAGAGUCGGUCAUCUCCCAGGUGCAAUUUUGGUGAACACUGGCGACAUAUUAGCGAACUGGACAAACAAUCAAUUACCAGCAUUAAGACACCGAGUUGUUGUACCAGAACAUUGUGGUCGAGGUCGUCAUUCCAUUGCAUUUUUCGUGCAUCCAGAUACUAAUACUCUUGUCGAGCCUUUAGAUACAAAAAUCGCACAAGCCAACCAAGAACCAGCACUAUGUCGUUUGCAGAAAAAGAAACGCGGUGUUAUGACUGCGUAUCACCAUAUUCAACGUCGACUUCGAGAAACUUAUGCUUCCUAACGGUGUUAACACAAUUAUAUCUUUUUGUUUCUGGAUAAAAAUGUCUUAACUUAUCGUUGAAAUUUGAGCAGAAAAAGACUUGAAAUUUUUAAAUACCAAUGUAACAUGAUCAGUUCUUAUGAUUCUAUGACAUUAUACGUUUUUUUUUUAAAGAAGCUAAUACACCAAUAAGAAACGGAAUAAUCAACUACCGAUUGUGAUAAAAUGGCUCAUCCAUAUCUGUUUCAAACAAAGGAAAAGUUCCAUCAACAAAGUGCAAGAGCUACAGUGUUGCAUCACGAAGGCAAUAAUAAAGAAAUUUGUACUUACAUUUUGUAAAAAUCCAUUUUAUAUAAAUAAUUUAAUAUGCCAUUAAUAAAACGGAAGACAGGUCAGUGA